CAUGGAGCGUUGGACCGGGCGGGUCGCGUUGGUCACCGGCGCCUCGGUGGGGAUCGGGGCGGCUGUAGCGCGGGCGCUGGUGCAGCACGGGAUGAAGGUGGUGGGGUGCGCUCGGAGCGUCGAUAAAAUCGAGAAAUUGGCAGCUGAAUGCCAGAGCGCCGGCUACCCCGGGACCCUCAUCCCAUACAAGUGUGACCUCUCCAAUGAAGAGGAAAUCCUUUCCAUGUUCUCUGCCAUCAGGACCCUUCACCAAGGAGUUGAUGUCUGCAUCAACAACGCGGGGCUGGCUCGCCCAGAGCCCCUGCUCUCAGGGAAAACAGAGGGCUGGAGGACAAUGAUAGAUGUCAAUGUGAUGGCUGUGAGCAUCUGCACCCGGGAGGCCUACCAAUCCAUGAAAGAGAGGAACAUUGAUGAUGGGCAUAUAAUUAACAUUAACAGCAUGAAUGGCCACAGUGUUGUGCCCCAGUCAGUGGUGCAUUUUUACAGUGCCACCAAGUAUGCAGUCACAGCCCUGACAGAGGGGCUGAGGCAAGAGCUCCGGGAAGCCAGGACCCACAUCAGAGCUACAUGUAUAUCUCCAGGACUGGUGGAAACAGGCUUUGCUUUUAAACUUCAUGAUAAUGACCCCGAGAGAGCUGCUGCCACCUAUGAGAGCAUCCGGUGUCUUAAAGCUGAAGAUAUGGCUAAUGCUGUCAUAUAUGUCCUCAGUGCCCCCCCUCAUGUACAGAUUGGAGAUAUACAGAUGAGGCCCACAGAGCAGGUAUCCUAGCAAAGGAAGAGGACCAGGAGCAGCACUGUGUAUCCACUCCACUUCAAACCCUCUGGCAAUUGGA